AUGCCCAAGAGAAAGGCUGAAGGGGAUGCUAAAGGAGAUAAAGCCAAGGUGAAGGAUGAACCACAGAGUAGAUCCACAAGGUUGUCUGCUAAACCUGCUCCUCCAAAGAUAGAGCCCAGGCCUAAAAAGGCCCCUGCAAAGAAGGGAGAGAAGGUACCCAAAGGGAAAAAGGGAAAAGCUGAGGCUGGCCAGGAGGGGGAUAACCCUACAGAAAAUGGAGAUGCCAAAACAGACCAGGGACAGAAAGCUGAAGGUGCUGGAGAUGCCAAGCGAAGUGUGUGCAUUUUUAAUAACCGUGUACUUCUGGUGACUGUACAGUUUGAAAUACUAUUUUUAAUCAAGUUUUAUAAAAAUGCAGAAUUUUGUUUUACUUUUUUAAGCUAUGUUGUUAGCACACAGAACAUGUCCUUGUUGUUUUGA